AUGUACAUUAUUGCGGCCUUGGCCGUGACUCUUGCGCUGUUCUCCGCAUGGAGAUGGAGGUGGCGAUGCACACCCAAGGCAAACGCUUCGUCUGGGUACGAUUUUGAGAAGUCGGAGACAGGUGAAAUCGAACCACUGCAGGAGUUUGAUUGGAAGCUGAACGACCCGGCCAAGCAUCGGCCAUUCAAGCCGGUCUAUCACAUUACAAUGGGCACGUUGAAACCCAUUCAAGCAAGCCCGCCGCAAGAUCUCAUCAUCAUUGACAACAAUUACCUGGACCGGGUCACAGAACGUCGACGGAUCUUAAAGGAGAACACGUCAAGGGUUGCUGGUGCAGUGCCGGAAGGAAUCCCGGCUCUCCACGAGACUUGGACUUACCUGCUCUCCGAGUACCUGCCAAGGCGGUACCCAACCAUGUUCACACUGUCUGAAGACCGAUCGAGCUUUCGUAAUCAUGUCACUGGCGUCUCCCUACCUCUGACGCCGCCCGAAGACCCCGUUGAUGCGCUCCACGCCCUUGGAGAGACGGUAGAAGACGACAUGUUUCUAUUGGUUGAGACCGCCAAAGGUCAUCGUGCGGUUGCGUUUGUUUGCUGCCACCCGGCUGGGUUCGAUCCUUCCGACAAGUUGGGGAAGCUGAUGAAGGACAUCCACACGCCAGUACCAUCGUAUGAGAAAAUAGGUGCAAGUAUGGAACGGUUCUUCAGUCGGUUGCAGGUGGGCAAGAGUGUGAAAAGAAUGAAUUGGUCUGUGUCAACCCACGACAGACUCUUCAGCCCUGGAGACUUGCACAUUUAUGAAGGAGACAAGGCAGAGGUAGACGAGGAUGUCGACAUUAGCAAGGCCCGCCUGCGCCAGGAGCUGCAGACCUUGACAAGACUUCCCAAGACUGGCGCAAUUCUGUUCUCGUUCAAGACAUAUCUUACGCCGAUAGAAGAAGUCAAGAAGGAGGGGUUCGGGCUGCAGCUGGCAGACGCCAUAGAGGGACUGAGAAGCGGCAAUGCGCCAGGCAUGUGGGUCUACAAGGGAGCGUCUCGCUGGGGGAAGAGCGUCUGUGAAUACCUUCGGUCGUAG